AAAAGCAAGUUCCUCAAUUUCUUUCUUCAGUCGAAUUUUAGCUUUCUUCGGCGAACGAUGUACUUAUUUAGAUACUCUCUGCACCAAAAACAAUAAAUCGUGCCUGAAAUAAAAGAUUCCGUUUUAUCGUUUAUUAUUUAUUCAAUGUAACUACCGUGACUGUGUUAGUGGGUUAACGACCAAAGUUUUUCCUACCUACGUUAUGCGAUGGGUGUUGUAUGGUCAGUAACAACUAAAACAACAAAUUCCGGUGCUAGAUUGGUGGGUAAAACGGCUGUGAUCACUGGGGCGAAUACUGGCAUUGGAAAGGUUACAGCUAAGGAUUUUUAUCAAAGAGGUGCACGCGUAAUUUUGGCUUGCAGGAACCUAGAAAAGGGCCUCGAAGCAGUAGAUGAUAUAAAGAGGCAAUGCGAGGGAAAGCAAAACUUAGGCCAAAUGGAACUAGUAAAACUGGAUUUAUCAAGUCUGAAGUCAGUCAGAACUUGUGCAAAAAAUUUACUACAAAAAGAAAAACAAAUAAACCUCUUAAUAAACAACGCCGGAGUAAUGAUGAUACCUGAGUUAACAAAGACUGAAGAUGGAUAUGAGAUGCAGUUUGGGACCAACCAUUUGGGGCAUUUUUUGUUUACAUUAUUGCUGAUGCCAAUGUUCUUACAAAGCACUCCUGUGAGAAUAGUCAACGUUUCUUCGAGGUCACACUUAUUGACUUUUUAUUUAAACAUAGAUGACUUAAACUUUGAAAAACGUAGUUACAGUCCGAUUGGAGCCUACAUUCAAAGCAAGUUGUGUAAUGUAUUAUUUACCAAAGAACUAGCUGAAAGACUUAAAGAAAAUCACGUAGAAGGAAUAAACGUCUAUAGCCUACAUCCUGGAGUAAUAAACACAAAUCUCAAGAGGCACGUAAAUUUUCCAAUGAAAUCUUACUUUAAAAAGUUCAUUAAGACUCCAGAAGAGGGAGCGCGGACCACGAUUUUUUGCGCAGUACACGAGAUGUGCGCAAACGAAACUGGAUUGUAUUAUGGCAACUGCAAACCAAGUUAUGUAUCACAUAUUACACGAAAAAAGAAAGUAGCAAAGAAAUUAUGGGACGCCAGCUUGAAAAUGAGCGGGUUAAACGAACAUUUUAAUCCAUUUAUAUCUGAAACAAAAUUGUAAUUGUUUAUGGUACGAGUACCUUCAAUAAUGAAUCAUGUUUAUAUUGUAUUGUUACCUAUGUUACCUAUAUAUAGAGAAAAAAAAAAGCUUAUUUACUACUUCUGAUAACCAUUGCUCUAGAGUGUGAAAAAUGGGUCAGAAAAUGUAUAAAACCAAAGAGCAGUUAAAUAAGAAGUUUGUAUAAACUAAAAGAUUGAUAAAAAAUUCAAACACAAAAUUGUCAUAUAUUAUAAUUUUGGCACAUAAAUAUGUACCAGGUACCUAAAUAAGAAAGAAUACCAGCUAUCGGCGGCUGUAAGAUACAGCCAGUAUCUCAGAAACUAGAAACACAAAAAUAUUUUAAAUAUAAAAUUAGUUUCAAAUUUUCAGCUAGAUAUUCUAAUGUAUAUGACCAACAAAAAAAUGUACCCAAGUGAGUAGUCAAAAUUGAGUAAUAUUUUUAUAUUUUUGACAUUUUUGUAACAAUAAUUGGUCAUGAGCAUUGGUCGCUUCUUAACGGUGAAGUUAGGAAUUUAAUAAUUUUCAGCGAUUUCAAAGGAUCGCUUUUAUUAAAAAAAAUUACCAGAUCUGUAAGAUAAACGGCUCUUUAAAUAUGGCCGGUUUCUUUUUUUAUUUAGACAUCCGGUAAUUUGUUUUUUAGGGUGUUCCUAAAUCUUGUGUCAAUAUUGAAAGACGUAAUUUAGAGCGCCUUCAGUAUUGAAUAUAGAAACACCUUGUACAUUAUUUUUAUUAAUAAACUUAUUUUUUACUAACACAAAUUAACAAAAGUAACAAAUUAGUUUAUAUUAAAUAUUUAUGAUAAUAUUUGUAAAAGUCCUUUCAACCUUCCCAUUAAAACACAGUAAAUGCUAAAGUCUUCGUAUAUAAAAUAAAAUUAUAUCUACUUACAUAACAAAGCACUGAAUCAAUUAUAUUUAUUAAACAUUUUGGAUAAUAAUUAUAAAAGAUCUUUUAACAUCCCCAUAAAAAAACACAGUUAAUGCUAAAGUCUACAAACAACACAGUAAAUACCUACAUGUUCAUUACUGUGUUCUUUUGUAGGUUAGGAAGGUUAGUAUAAUUACUGAACAUAACAUUUUGGAACAGAUUAUGCUAACCGGAUGAAAUUUCUAUAUCAUUUUAAAUUACUAUAAAUUCAAAGGUGAAUCAAUACCCAAUUUUUAUACCAAUAGAAAGUAGUAGUAGUAGUAGUAGUAGAAGAAAGUUUUUAUUGCCAUAAUUAGUAGUACACUAUAGUUUAGGAUAUGAA